GGCGUGCGCAGUGGCUCUUGGGAGUGGCGGAGCUGGCCGGCCCCGGCUGUCAGCUGUGGCCUGGGGCGCCCGGGCGGGGGUGGCCCCGGCCAUUGGCGGAGAGGCGCGCGGGGCGGGGCCGCCGCCAGCCGCUGCGAGCAAAACCGAGCAGGCGGAGGUAGGCGGCCGGCCCGGGAGGCACGGCUCUGGCUGCUGCGUUCGGCCCGGCCAUGGCAGCGGCGCCCCUGAAAGUGUGCAUCGUGGGCUCGGGGAACUGGGGUUCAGCUGUUGCAAAAAUAAUUGGUAAUAAUGUCAAGAAACUUCAGAAGUUUUCCUCUACGGUCAAGAUGUGGGUCUUUGAAGAAACGGUUAAUGGGAGAAAACUGACAGACAUCAUAAAUAAUGACCAUGAAAAUGUAAAAUAUCUUCCUGGACACAAGCUGCCAGAAAAUGUGGUUGCCGUCCCGAAUCUCAGCGAGGCCGUGCAGGAUGCGGACCUGCUGGUGUUUGUCAUUCCCCACCAGUUCAUCCACAGGAUCUGUGACGAGAUCACCGGGCGUGUGCCCAAGGACGCGCUGGGAAUCACCCUCAUCAAGGGUAUAGAUGAGGGCCCUGAGGGGCUGAAGCUCAUUUCCGACAUCAUCCGGGAGAAGAUGGGCAUUGACAUCAGUGUGCUGAUGGGAGCCAACAUUGCCAAUGAAGUAGCCGCAGAGAAGUUCUGUGAGACGACCAUCGGCAGCAAAGUAAUGGAGAAUGGCCUUCUUUUCAAAGAACUUCUCCAGACUCCAAAUUUUCGAAUUACUGUCGUUGAUGAUGCAGACACUGUUGAACUCUGUGGUGCUCUUAAGAACAUCGUGGCCGUGGGGGCCGGGUUCUGCGACGGCCUGCGCUGCGGAGACAACACCAAGGCCGCCGUCAUCCGCCUGGGGCUCAUGGAAAUGAUUGCCUUCGCCAGGAUCUUCUGCAAGGGCCGGGUGUCCACUGCCACCUUCCUGGAGAGCUGCGGCGUGGCCGACCUCAUCACCACCUGCUACGGAGGCCGGAACCGCAGGGUGGCCGAGGCCUUCGCCAGAACCGGGAAGACCAUUGAAGAAUUGGAAAAGGAGAUGCUGAACGGGCAGAAGCUCCAGGGACCUCAGACUUCUGCCGAAGUGUACCGCAUCCUCAAGCAGAAGGGACUGCUGGACAAGUUUCCGCUGUUUACUGCAGUAUAUCAGAUCUGCUACGAAGGCAGGCCCGUCCAGGAGAUGUUGUCCUGUCUCCAGAGCCAUCCAGAACAUAUAUAGAGUGAAUCAUGCAACUCGCAGGGGAAAAUUCUGCCUUCCUGAUCAAUCUUUUGGACUCGUGUGGAAAUGAGGACCUGGCAACAUGAUGUUUGCUUGACUGUAAUCCCAUCAUGGAUAUGUAUGAAUUUUUACAGGUUCAUUUUUAAAUUAUGAGAGGCAGUUCAUUGGCUAAGACAUACUGGGCAACAACUGAAUGUGUGUGUGGUGUGUGUGUGUGUGUGUGUGUGUGUGUAUGUUUCUUUCUCAUUCUGUGGAUGUUUCUAUGAACCAAAAUUAAAUGUCCUUUUUAAAGAUUGCUUUUGAAAUCUCCCCACUGUGGUAGUUUAUAAGAUUGGAACUAUCUCAGCUAAAUUUGUUAGAUAUCAUUCAUACGUAUAUGAGUGGGGGGAAUUUUUUUUUUUUCCUCAUUCUUUUGAUGUUGAAAUUUAACCAGCAUUAACCUGGUAGUUAGAGUGGAGGAGUGAAUGUGUUCAAAGAUCAACAGACUUAACUUUUAAACACUAUCUCAAAGCCAGCAUAAUGAACUACUAUGUGGGUUGAUCUUUUUUUUUUUAACAAUUAGAUAUUUUAAAUUAGAUGAUCCACUUAUAUAUUUUCCUCUCACUGCAGAUUUAUGCAUUUUUAGCCUUUUUUCCUCUUCGUUAGAUGUCAGAAUGUGCUUCUGUAAAGGCUCAGCAGAGGCAGAAGACAGAAAACUCACCUGGGAUUUUCCUGCUGUGACUGGCACAUUCUUCUGAUUAACAACAGACACUUGUGUGAUGCUUUUGGUUAGUCUAAGUGCUUUUUUGCACACGUUUCUCUUAAGCCUCACAGAUCCUCUGAGAGGGGCUGCUGUUGCACACUCUUGGUAAGAUGCAGUUGCCUGGUCACCGGGUGAGCAGGGACAGAGCCAGCAGCCAAGUGUAGCGUCAAGGUGCAAGACCCUCUAAGAAGUCACUGGGCUGAUUUGACCUCCAGCUGCCUGGCUGUGGCAAACACCGUGCACAGCCUUUCCUGAGGCCACAGGAGGUGGCCUCCUGCAGGUGAGGUCUGGGCUUCAGCGUGUCUUCCAUGUGUUUCUGACGCUCACUACAAUCUAAGAACCACUACUUUAGAAACUUUACUUUAGCCUGGCAUUCCUCAAACCGUGUUCCCUAGGAAACCAGUGUCCUUAGAGCCAGUGGUUGUUGCAGGUGUUCCCCGGAAAGGUCAAGUGAAUUUGGGAAAAGCUGCAUCUAUACACCCCUCUCCCAGGUGUGGGAUGUAUGUUAGUUAACAUGUCAGGGGAGCCUGUUUACUUAACCCAGCAAGUCCCAAACAUGUAACACUAUAGACAUUUUUUGGCAAGGAAACUUUGGCAAGUUUCCGGGGAACACUGUUCUGGGCUGAGGUGACCUUAGGACAACUCAAGCAGACCCUUCUUCACUCCCUGCAAGAAACUAGGAUGAGUAACUCCCUGUGGUAUUGUCGGUGCUGAACUUUUACAGUUCAGGCCUGCCGUGAAUCUUUGAAGCUUUAAGGCGGCACUGUCAUACGAUAAAUAGAUGUCAGCAUCGCUGAAACGCACAUUAUGUGGAAUAAGUGCUUUUAAUUCUAGAAUCAAAAUGGGAAUUACUGUACCUUUGAAAUGAGAUUGGUUUCAGAGUAGCAUUAUACAGUUACCUUGAAUACCACUUGAUAUGUGUUAAAGGAACAUAUGAAUGUAGUUUACAUAUUCAUGAAGUUUCAGUUACUUUGUAAGAUUUUGGCCUCCUCCUCGCCUCCACCCCCCCAGAAUAGAUUUUCAUGGGAAUUUUUAAAACUCUGUCAAAAACACUUUUGGGGGGGCAUUUUAAAGCCCCAUACACAGAAGUAUAUGAAAGCACACAAAAUGCUACAGGUCUUAGUGGUUUUCUUGCCACCAUUAAGGUAAUCAGUUUUGUCUGUCCCAUGAUAAAUCUUUUUUAAAGUUUGUACGUAGGUAACAGAGUUACUCUUUAAGGUACAUAAAGGGCUGUAAGCUCCUUGUGGUGUCUAUUAAGAAGGAUGAGAUAUGAGGAGUUAGGAUUUUGUGUGUUUUGUAUAUUCUCAUCUACAUUCAGCUUCCUACUCUGGGUUUUGUACUUGAGUGUCUUUUUCUGUAAAUAAAUGCCCACACUGUUACCACUCUGGAGCCUGCUGACUGGACCUAUUGAACAUACUUAAAAUAUUCUGCACAUUAUGGAAAAAGGAAAAUUUUAUAAGUUUAUGCUUUGCUAACUAUAGAUAUUUAUUACUCUGCGAGUUAUCUAUUUUUGUAAUCAUCUGUGGUCCAUCAUUUAUUUUAAUUUACAUUUCUUAUUAAUUAUGGUAAUAGGGAGGGAGACACCUAGAUUCAAAGUUUAAUUUGUACUAUUCCAGCCAAUCUGUGAAUGUAAAAACUACACUGUUGCCUUGCUAUAAUCCACCCUACUAUAAUGUAGAGCAAAUAACUAUCCCGAAAUCCAACCCAGGAGAUGGAGUUGAGCUAAACUUCUGGUUUUUCAUUUAACUCUUAACUAUAACAUGGCCCCAUGACAUCAACAGGAGGAAGGUGUUGUGUGAGGAGCUGAUAUACAAAGGGAACUUUAGUUUUCCAUGAGUUCUUCUCUGCUAGCCUUUUACUUACAGAUGUACUGUAUUUGUUUACAGACUAUAGGUGGAUAUAUAGUUUAAAAGCUUGGUUUAAUAAACAUUUACCCCCCCCAAA